AUGUCCUCUAACAAUGCUGUGGUGCCUGAGUUGCCCAAGUCCUUGAAGCGCAAGGCUGAGGACGAUUUGCCUGUCCGUCACAAGAAGAAGGCGAAGGUAGCCCUGUCGGCCAAGCAGCUAAGGCACAACAUUUCAAUGUCUUCUAACAAGGCUGUGGUGCCCCAGAAGCCGACGUCCUUGAAGCGCAAGGCUGAGGAUGACUUGCCCGUUCGUUACCAGAAGAAGGCGAAGGUGGUCUUGACGCCGGAGCAGCAAAGGCGGAAGUGGCGUAAAGCACACCCUGCUGUACGCCCUGACAUGAUCAUGUCUUCGGUUCCAAUCCACGUGCUUGGGCGCCGCCGGAGAUGGUGGGUACCUGGUGUCCCACGACUUCCCCCAUUGGACUGGGUCCUGGGGCGCAAAUAGGCACCUGGGAUGCGUCCUAAGACGCCUCAUUACCAUACUCUUAUGCCCUACAAUCAUCUUAGCUAGCAUUUGUAUGGUCAU